CAUCCCGUAACGUCCGUCCAUCGCGCUCUUGACGUCGCGUAGAGAGCCAGCGGUAGAGAUAAAAAGCGGCUGUCGAGGUGUGUGCCCGCGCGAAGAGGAUCAAGGCCCCUAUUCUCUCCCGCACGCGCGUACGCGUGUGAACUCGCCGUGAGAAAACCUAACCCGUGGACCGGAGGAAUUUCAUCAGCGGGUGGUCCGCACGCACACCGGUCGCCCGGGCGACCCCCCGGGGGGAGGGCUCCGUCGACUCCUGGAGCAUCUUCUCUACUUGCGCUCCGAAUACGGAAUCGGGCGAUCCCUCCUCCCCCUCUCGGCUCUCCCUCCCCCCCUCCAGCGAAUGACACAUCUCGGUGGAACGAACCGAAAUCGUAAACCGAGGAUAGCAAGAAUGUCUGUACCACCACCGCCACCGCCUCCGCAGGCUGGCGCUUCUGCUGGUCCGCCGAUGGGCGAUAACAGAGGUUUAUUACUACAGUCCAUAAGGGCAGGCAAAACUCUGAAGAAGACUGUUACCGUGGAUAAGAGCACGCCUACAAUUGCUGGGAGAGUAAAAGGCGAAUCAUCGAGCUCUUCAUUAAGCAAUAGUAGAACUAAUAGUUCUAGUGCAAUCAGCAGCAGCAGCAGUAAUUCUAGUAAUGGUGGUCCCAUGUCGCUCGGCGGUUUAUUCGCGGGUGGUAUGCCAAAAUUGAAACCUACUGGACUGAGAGGACACAUGACCGAGAAGGAGGGACAAAGUGUAAAUAAUUCUAGUUUUCUUCACUCGUCACCCGGGUCGUCCUACAGCAUAAAACGCGGCCCGCCACCAGUUCCGCCACCAGCCGCGCAAAAACCGCAGUUAUUCAGUCAGGGGCAAAGCAGCACCGAUUCUGCAACGAGCACUCCGGAGGUUACGCCUAGAGGAUUCGGGAAAUCAACCAUCGUGCCUAAAUUAGCGUCGUCUGCCACCUUGCACAAACCGUCGCCGCCGCCUAAAAAGCUGAAUUUAACGAGUAGCGCGAGCGUAGCGAGAGCACAAAGCAUGCGAUUACCACGAUCGCCACCAGUCUUGAUGCCAACAACACCGUCUUCUCUGCACCAGUCGCAGGAUUGUUUGAAUGAAGCCACCACGCCGCAGCCUAUGAGGCCCGCGAAUCGAAUUCUCAGGCCUCCCGUGACGAGGCCACCGUCACCGCCGAUCUCGCGAGCGAUCGUGCCUACGACGAGACCACCAUCACCGCCAGCACCACCGGCCUCGCGGUCGCAUACGUUGCCCGUGACAGCCAUGAGAGCGGCGCCGCCACCACCGUCGAGGAUAACGGUAACCGCGCCAUGUAUACCGCCACCACCACCACCGCUUCCUCAUCGUCCCGCACUCAUGCAUCAGAGACUGGCACCGCCGCCGCCACCACCACCGACGCCUCCUACUAGAAGUCUGUCGGUGCGCAACGGCGGCGCUCAAGCUGGUUCUGUCGAUUUGGAAACGCGAUUUGCUGACAUGUUUCAUACCGUGUCGAGUUUUCCGCCACCGGAACCCUUCAGGGGCUUCACCAAGAUUUAUCAGGAAUGUUCUAAAACUAAACAAACAGUGCUUUCUACAUUGCCGCACAUCCAUACCCGUAUCCUUUAAUCGUAUCCUGAAUACAUGCAUGCUGCCAAAGUUUAUUAAUAUAAUUCCUCGUGGAAUGCGUAAAUAACUCAUACACAUAUUUUAAUAAAUAUAAAACAUGAUGUAUUAUAUACAUCAUAGUUUUUUUAUGUUGUUUUUCAAGGUUUCUUUCAAAGCAUUAAUUUCUGUUGACGCUGCUUCUCUAUCUUCCAGAACAAUACAGACAUGAAGGCACUAAAUGCGUAUGACACAAAUAGCUCAUAUUUGUUUAUAACCAGGCAUAAAUAUAUGUAUAAAUUAAAUUGCAUGCUGCUAAUUGCACUUUUAUGGAUAUUCAUAAUGGAAUUUAUAAGCUCGUACAUCGAUUCGUUCGAAAAGUAA